GUCACGUGACGUUAUUGUUGUCUAUCUGCCUAGAUACACAGCCGCAUUCAACUGACUGUCGCUAUUUUGUCAGUGUGUAUUUCCCCGAGAUGCCAGGCCUGACUGUACAGGUCGUGUUUCAGGUCUACGGCCUGCCCCCUGGUGUGAAGGCCGCGAUGAGAGCGGAUAGCCGGGUUAAACUCGGAGUCCUGGGUUCGAUCCCCGACCUUGGCUCUUGGAACAUCCCUCAGACGCUGACUGCCGGGCCGUCGGAGACAGAGCAGGACGUGUGGAAGGUGACGAGUUAUCUGCCCAUAUCGGCCACGUUCACGUGGUCGUGGCUGGUGACAACGCAUGAUUCACAGGUUUUGUACUGGGACCCUGCUAGAAACAGACAGACAAGUCUGAACUUCUUCGGCGGCACUAUGCAGGUCCGAUGGGGUCUUAAACACUCUCAGUUCAUCUCCCGCACAUGCCGAGCAGACAUUCGCACUCGAUACCAGUGUCAGCCAGGAGAGGUGUUGGCUGUGGCGGGUUCUGAGGCCUGUCUCGGGUCCUGGGAGCCAGAGAACGCCAUCCGCGCCAGAGAGAACCCGUAUAAGUCCGGGUGCUGGAUUGCUCACACUGUUCUGGACUGUUCUGUCAACUACCUCUGGAAGUGGGUGGUUCUGGACGCUGAGACUGGAGCCGUCAGACGCUGGGAGGAGCGCUGGAACCGUCAUCUGAAGACCAACUGUGAGCGUCUUGUGAUAGAAGCCAGAUGGAACAGCGAGUCCCUCAUCCAACACCGUGUCCCUGUGUCCAUGUACAGAAACGUCGACAUGACCAAAGUGAACAUCGCCAACUACAGCCAGAUGACGUGCAAUGCGCCUCAGGAUGUAGCAACCAAAUGGAUCGCAAAUGCUACUGUCGAAGACAAGUAUUUUGCAGUUACCGAGAGAGAAGAAGCAGCCAUGGCCAUCCCGCCUCCAGCAUCACCUUCCCACGAAACAAAGUGGCGCUCACUGUUCAGCCAACUUCCGGCACUGGUGCCCUUCUUGGGGUUUGUGAUGAUCGGGGUCACUGAGUGGGCUGCAAGCCUGAUGUAAAGCGUGUGGGGUCAGGGUGAGGGAUGCAGGGUGAGAUGGCGCGCCGGCGUAACGGCGGUGAAUAUGAUCAUGCGUGCACCCUGCAAGGCAGCAAGUGAAGAUGGGACAGUGAGUGAGUGGGUUAAAAUUAACUUCGCAUCGGCAUUUCUUCAGCCAUGUAGCGACGAAGUUUGUACAAAAUCUCAAGAGGGGACAGGCGGAAUAACUUCCUUAUUGGUCUCUUACGCUCGUAUACACAUGUCAUCGCUGCACUGAUUGUAUUUGCUGAUCAUUGCAAAAUGGAAUAAACGAUAAAAAUAUACGAAAACGGUAACAGGAAAAACAAUAAAAACGAUAAAAUCCAAAAUUGAUAAAAAUAGGCCUUCGAUUUAAGGAUACUAAUAACAUAUUU